AUUAAAGUGUGUCAAACUGCACUAAUUCUACAGUGUAGAUGCAGCCUUGCUGAGUGCCAAUUUUGGCUUCUUUUCAAUGCUUCAAAAAACAUGGCUUUACAUUCAAUCUUUAUUCCACAUGUGCAGUUUGAAAGUACAAGCCCCCAUCUACACUAACCAUUUAAUACAGUUCAAAGCUAGUUUCAAUCUGUGACAGCUAGAAAACAAACACCUAUGGAAAAAAGCCGGAAAUGUGCAGCAAACCCACUUUAUUCAAUACUGCUUUGAAACUGCAUUAAAUGGUCGGUGUAGAUGGGACCUUUGAUUCCUGUUUUCAUGAAGAAUACAUUCCUCGAUGGAGAACGAGUACAAAAAAUCAUGGAUAAUUCAGGAAACGAUUAAAAGAAACAAUUUCCGGUCCCAGCAUACCACGGAUAUCGUUCCUGCAGUGAGGCGGGUUUGACUGUUUUUGAGACUUUAAAAUCUGCUUCAACCUGGCAUGAAAUAGUUAAAAACCUUUAAAAUGUGUUGAAAUGAAUAUGGCUUUUCUUUGUUCAGUUAUGUUUGUUGAGAAUGUAUAGGUUGCAACCAGCCUUUUGAAUGUAUUGUAUCUGGAAAUGCACCAGUAGCCAAAGAAGUAAGGGGGUUACAUGUUUAGAGAACUUGAGUAGUGCCCAGAAAGACAGAGAAAGGGGAAGGGUCUCAUGUACACGUUCCCAAAGGCUGAGGCAUCUGGAGAGCUCAGAGGUUGCAGCGCCAGAGGUUGGGCAGAGGCGGAGUCACCAGCUGCUUUCCUGGAAGAGAAAGGCUGAGAAACGAAAGUAAGGCUGUUAACUUUGUCUGGUCUUUGGGGUGGAGAAGCAUUGGCAGCCAUGGCCUCUGGAGACCCUGUGAAGAAGCUCUGCGAAGAACUGGCCUGUCCCAUCUGCUUGGAGUAUUUCAAGGAGCCUGUGAUCCUCUCCUGUGGGCACAAUUUCUGCCAAUCCUGCCUGGAUCAAUACUGGGAGGAGAAAGAAGCCUCCUGCCCACAAUGCAGGGAGAAAGUGCAGGGAGGGGACAUCAGGCCAAACAGGCAGCUGGCCAAUGUUGUGGAGCUAGUCAAGGAAUUGGGGAGCCAGAAGGCGGAAGAGAAGGGGAGAGUCUGCCAGAGGCACCAGGAGCCCCUGAAGCUCUUCUGCAAGGACCACGAAGCCCCCAUCUGUCUGGUGUGCGACAGAUCGAAGGAGCAUGAAAACCACAAAGUGAUCCCUCUGGAUGAAGCAUCAAAGGAGUACAAGGAUCAGAUUUGGAAUUUUCUGGAGACUCUGAAGAAGGAAAGAGACAUUCUGGCCCACAAAGCAGACGCAGCACGGGAAAGCCAGGAUUUGCUCGAGAAAACCCAAAGGGAGAAGAAAAAGGCUGUGGCUGCAUUCAGACACAUGCAUCAGUUUCUAGAAGAACAAGAGAGGAAUCUGCUGGCAAAAAUGGAAGAGGUGGAGAAGGAGAUUUCAGUCAAAGGGGAGGAACAUCUGGCCAGACUCUCUGAAGAACUCUCCUCUCUCUCGAAACUCAUCCAAGAGAUGGAGGAGAAGCAUCAGCAGCCGGCAAGUGAACUCCUCCAGGAUACCAGAAGCUUCUUACAGGGCUCAGAUUUGCACAUGAAAUACAUUCUCACACUCCAAGUCAGGAACCCUUUGACUAAUAAGGAGAAAUCCGAGACUUCUGCAGCCUUUCCUCCUGCCCUGAAGUGGAAGAUCUGGGACGUCUGUGAUAUCAAUCCCUUUCUGGAGGGUAUCAUGAAGUCAUUCAGGGCCUCUCUGGAAUCUGGGCUUCAGCAGGAAAAAGCACAUGUGACUCUGGAUCCAGACACAGCCCAUCCUGUGCUCAUCCUCUCUGAAGAUCUCAGACAUGUGAUCGAUGGAGAGAAAAGGCAAAAUCUUCCUGACAAUCCUGAGAGAUUCUGUGACUAUGCUUAUGUGCUGGGACAGAAUGGAUUCACAGAAGGCAGGCAUUUCUGGGAAGUCCUUGUGAAGAAUGGGGAAGGAUGGUCUGUGGGAAUUGCAAGAAAGUCUGUGGAGAGAAAGGACCCAGACUUUGGCCCUAACGCUGGGUUCUGGGAAGUGGGAAAGUGGGAGAGUGCAUACAGGUUCUCCUCCGACAACAAUGAGUGCCCAUCUCUGACUCUGAGCGAGGAGCCCAAGAGGAUCCGCGUGACACUGAACUAUGAAGGAGGUCGGGUGGCCUUUUACAAUGCAGACUCAGCAGACCUGAUCUUGGAAUACCCUCCAGCUUCUUUCUCAGGAGAGACCCUCCUCCCAUGCUUUUAUGUGACUGAAAAAGCCCAACUGGGGCUCUCCCCAUAAGGAUGGAGAGCAAUGCCCAAAGACACACCAUCCGAGACACAAGAGGAGCUUUAUCUCCAGAGAUCUGGAACAGUUGACUCUUGUUGCUCUUUUUCUGGAACCUCUCUGCUCUAUUUGUGAAAACCUGGCUGGAGUCUGGAGUGUGGAUGAGGAAGCUAUUCCUCAUGGCAAUGCUCAACUCAUAGACAG